AAGGGACGAACCCCUUGGCUCCCUCUCUCUGUCUCUCUCUCUCUCUCUGCAUCUCCAUCAUCACCGUCUCUCUAUAUGUGCCUGUGCAUCAUAAUCUACACUUACAAGUUACAAACACACACAUAUAUAUACGGGCCUACAUAUAUAUGAGGAUAUCACAGUGACGGAGAAAUUGACCGGAGGACGAUGUACGGAGGCUCGUCGAAACUUGGACGCGGAGGCGGUAGGGGCAGCGGCGGCACCGGAGGACCGCCGCGUGGCCGGAGCUCCUACCCUCCUCUAUCGCAUCGGAAUCCCUCCUCUGUCAGUAGGAUUUCGUCGGGAGGCGGCGGCGGCGGCUCCUUCUCUGCCCCGCGCCAACGCAGCACUGCCGGCGGAAAGGCCGCGACGGCAGCGGUUGAGGAAACCUUCAGCCUUGUGCCGAGUAAGAACCCUCCGGCUUUCGCCAUGAUCAUACGGCUCGUGCCUGAUUUCGUGGAGGAGAUCAGGAAGGUUGAAGCGCAGGGUGGGGCCACGAAGAUCAAGUUCGAUGCAUUUUCUAACAAUACAAGUGGGAAUAUUAUUAAUGUAGGUGGAAAGGAGUUCAAGUUUACUUGGUCACGGGAGCUUGGUGAUUUAUGUGAUAUAUAUGAAGAACACCAGAGUGGUGAAGAUGGAGACGGUGUACUGAUUGAGUCUGGGUGUGCUUGGCGGAAAUUGAAUGUUCAACGUACACUAGAUGAGUCAACUACAAACCACAUGAAGAUGCGCUCAGUUGAAGCUGAACAAAGAACCAAAUCACGCAAGGCAAUCGUGUUGGAUCCUGGGAAUCCAUCAUUGACCAAGCAGUUAGCUCUUGCUGAAGCAAAUCCAUGGAGAACGUCGAAUAAACUGAAAAAGGAACCACCACACAAGAAGCGGAAGGUUGAUCCAUCUCCAGUUCCAAUUGGAGGUCCAAAGCCUGCUUUCAAACCAGGGGCUUCCACUGCUGCUGGUAAAGGUAGACCCUCGGCUUCACCAGGACCAUCUCCUAAUCAGACCAAUGAUUCACCUUCUCCAUAUGGAAUUGGGAAUUUAGCUAAAAGUCAUACAGCCACCGAAGAUGUCCCACCAGUCCAGUCAAAGAGCAAAGAAAAUCCAGUUGUUAGCGAAAAAGAUCCUUCAACUAGGGCAACUAAUGCAUUAAGGGACACAUCUGGAAACAAAGCCAAUAAUUCUAACAAACCAAUUGAUUUGCAGACGUUGAUGAUUAAUCUCCUAAAAGAUGCUCCGAUGAGCUUGAAGGCACUGGAGAAGGCUGUUGGAGAUAAAACCCCUAAUGCUGUAAAGAAGAUUGAACCCGUUUUGAAAAAAAUUGCAAAUUUCCAAGCUCCAGGAAAGUAUUUCUUAAAAUCAAGCACAGAGUUGGAAAGCUAUAAGAAGAUUUCACCUGAAAGGGGAAGCUCACCCGAAGACGAGCAACUGCGGUCAAUUGCUGAGUGCAGUCAUGAUCAGUCACCUGUGAGAGGGGCCGACAAUGUGGAGAACGUUUCUGUUAGUGAGUUUACUGGAAAGUGUGAACAAGAUGGCAUGCCUAUACAUCCAGAAGAACUAUCAAGUUCACCAGAAAAUGUUGACAUUGAACGCCUUUCACCUGGUAUUGUCGAUGAGGGAAAAGCAUCUGAAAAUAGAGGAGGCCAGGCUGGUAGUUCUAGUUAUUCUGGAAGCGGCAGUGACAACAGUGACUCUGGGAGCAGUAGUGAUAGCGAGGAUUCUUCCAACAGUAAGGAGGGUUCAGAUGAGGAUGUGGACAUCAUUAGUGAUGAUGAUAGAGAGCCUCGGCAUAUAAUAGUGUCUGCUGAACUGGGGUUGCCUGCUUUGAAUCUCCUAAGUCAGACAGAGGGUUGUGGAAUUGGUCAAAAUGAAUCUGCUAAAAAUCAAGAGGGUGAUCGAUUCGAUGCUGUUGAUUCUGAGAGUCAUAGUUCAGAUGCAGUUGACAUUGAAGUUCAUGAUUCUGAUACUGUUGACAUUGAAAAAAGUGGGUCUGAUGCUGUUGACAUCGAGGGUCACAGCUCUGACAACAGUCAUGGUUCUGAUGGUGUCAAAAAAUUUUACUCUGUUAAUAACGGGAAAGUGGAGGCCACUAUUGAACUCAGUCCUGCUGCAAAUGAGUAUGGUGGGAAUCUGGGGCAGGAACCUUUUUCUUCUGAUCAUGACAAGCCACAAGAGUGCCAAAACUUUAUAGGAAGGUUGUUUGAUGACACAGAUAAUAUGGUGAAGGGUAGCUUCAACAAUGAGCAAUCUGAUAGCCCUGAGAGGCGAGCCAGAGGUAAAACCAAUAGGUGCCCUGAUUUGGAGCACUUUAAUCAGAAAUCAGAAAGGGUGAAGAGGUUGAAAGCAGAGAGCACGAAUCAGUUUCCUACUCUGGGCAAAGAUUCACACCCUUCAGAGAGCAUGUAUGACCUGUCACCUAAUAAAUGUGGCGAAGAACCGAUAAAGGCCUCAACCAUUCAAAUGAUAGAUUCAGCUGACAAGGGAACUGAUGUUAAUUGUGAUACACAUGGGGGACUUAACAAGGCAACUAGUGAAAAAUCGAAUUCAGAUUUCCAGCCAUCAAGUUUAAAAGUACCUAAAAGUACGCAGAUCAAGCAUAUCGAUGGAUCAGGGAGAUCAGACAAACAUACGGGUGCUGCGGACAGUGUCCGUAAAUCUACUGAGGGAGACCAUUAUUCACAUGAAGUUCUUUCUAGCCGAACAGGAAAGGCUUCCAGGGACAACCAAAGGGACAGUAAUCAUCCAAGAGAUAAGUUUCAACGGAAUAAAAUGGAUGGUGAAUCAGACAGCAAACAUGCUGUGCCGUCUGAUGGCCCCAGUAGGAAAUAUGGUGAACUGGAAGGAAAUGACAAAGAUGGUAAGAAUGUUUCAGGAUCGAGCUUAGGAUUGUUUCCCUUAGAUAAUGAGAGGGCAUCUUUGAAUCAGAGAAAAUCUUUGCCAAAUUUUCCUGCCAAGGGAAAUGGAUCUAUGCUCCAAAAGACUGUCUCGGACUUGGAGUUGGGUGAACUUCGGGAACCAUCGGGUAAAGAUACAGAAGCUAAGAAACUUGAAAAGAAAAGCUCUUUUAGGAAGUUAGAUAAUAAACCAAGCAAUUCAGAGAGCUGGGAUAUGGAUUCAGAUAAAAGAAAGCCAUCUAAAAAGUCUAACUUUGACUCAAAAAAGCCCUCACCUCCACAUGCUGGCAAUGGUUUUAAGGGAAUGCCAGAACAAGGCGUUGAAGAUUCAUCAAGAUCUCACAAAUGGGGUUUGCAAUCACAUGUGCAGCAUCAUUCAGGAGAAGAUGAUAAAUUGGAGGAGACAAAUAAUAAAUCAAGGCAUAAUGACAGUGGAGCAAGACCUGGAAGUAGUGGCGAAGGUUGUGGAGAGACCAACAAGAAGGUGUCCGCUGUUGCAUCACAACAACAUGGCUCUAAACGGGGAUCCAUUUCCCGCUCAUCAAGAGAGAGCAAAAGACAUGCAUCUGGUGCAACUGUAAAUUUAGUCAAUGGACAGAAAGGUGCAGGUUUAAUACCAAAUGACAGCGUUGAUCAUAAGAAAAGAGAAACAUCUUUUGAUGACGAAGACUGCGCUUAUUUGAAGUACGAGAAGGCAUCUCCUGAGCUUAAAGGAGCUAUUAGGAAUCAUUCUCAGUAUAAAGCCUACAUACAGGAAUAUCAGGAUAAAUAUGGUAGCUACUGUUCCCUUAACAAGAUAUUAGAAAACUUCAGAAAUGAAUUUCAGAAAAUGGGAGAAGACCUUGAGUUUGCAAAAGGCAGGGAUGUGGAGCGGUAUAACAAAUUGUUUCAGCAGUUGAAGGAAUCUUAUAGCAAAUAUGGGGAGAGGCACAAACGUUUGAAGAAGAUAUUUAUUGUUCUACAUGAAGAACUGAAGCAUCUAAAGCAAAGAAUCAAAGAUUACGCCUCGUCUCAUUGAAAAGAUUGGGCAUAGUGUGAUGAAAUUCCAGAACCAGACUCCAUGGAGAUUUAAGGUACUCUUGAGAUGAUUCAUUCUGGAUACUAAAAUUCGAGCCGGAUUCAAUCUCAUGAACAUGAAGAUGAGAAAAAAAAAGAAAAAGAGAAGGGGAUAGAUGAAUUCGGAGUCGAUAUCUCGUGGUUUUCGGGUGUGUGGAUAGUAGAAGUGUUUGGUCUAAACUUGAUUAUGAUUCAUAGGUUAAGUUUUGUGGUAGUUUUUUUAGGGGAGAAAUUCUGAUUAGAUGAUAUGAUCUUCUGGGUUUUGUGUUUAGCUUUAUAUGUUGUUCUUUGUGUCCCUUAACACUAAGUUUGUACAUGGAAUUGCAAGGCAGAUAAGUACUGUUUGGGUUUUUAUAUAACAGAUUAGAAUGAAAAAAAAUGGGUUCUAAGGUUC